UGUUGAACUUAAUACCUCUUUCCUCUUUCCUCUUUCCCCUUUCACACACAAUCUCUCUCUCUCUAAAUAAUUGAAUUAAUUGUGUACUGGGUUCCUCGUUUCCUGCGUCCUUAUCUUCAAUAUAAACCACAUGCGAAAUCUCCAAGCUUGAGAAGAAACACAAAUUAACUAAGAAGAAGAGAAGAGAAGAGAAGAGAGAUGGCGCAGAUGCUACUCCAUGGAGAUCUUCACGCCACUGUUUAUGAGGUCGACAAAUUGCACAUUGGUGCCGUCGGCUUGUUUUUCCGUAAGGCAGUAGAAGGCGUGGAGAACGUGCUGGGGUUCGGCGAUACCUCCUCGAAGAUGUACGCGACCAUCGACCUCGAACGAGCCCGCGUCGGCCGAACCCGUAAGCUCGACCAAACUGCAAACCCCAGAUGGUACGAGUCCUUCCACAUCUACUGCGCCCACAUGGCCUCCGAGGUCGUCGUCAGCGUCAAGCUCAGCAAGCCCGUUGGCGCCGAGCUCAUCGGCCGCGCCUACUUACCCGUCUCCGACCUCCUCAAAGGCGACGAGAUCGACACCUGGCUCGAGAUCCUCGACACCAACCGCAAGCCCAUCGAUGGCAAUUCCAAGAUCCACGUCAAGCUCCACUACUUUGACGUCAGCCGCGAGCGCUUCUACGCUCGCGGCCUCAAGACCCCCAACUUCCCGGGGGUGCCUUACACUUUCUUCCCGCAGAGGAAGGAGUGUAAGGUCACGCUGUACCAGGACGCCCACGUCCCCGAUGAAUUCAUCCCCCGGAUACCCCUCUCCGGGGGCAAAUUCUACGAGCCUCACCGCUGCUGGGAGGACAUCUUCGACGCCAUAAACGACGCCAAGCACUUCAUAUACAUCACGGGGUGGUCUGUUUACACGGAGAUCACUCUUGUGAGGGACACGCGGCGCCCCAAGGCUGGCGGGGACGCCACCCUUGGGGAGCUCCUUCUCAGGAAGGCCAACGAGGGCGUCCGCGUCCUCAUGCUGGUGUGGGACGACCGGACCUCCGUUGGCUUCCUGAAGACGGACGGAUUGAUGGUCACGCACGACGAGGAGACGUUCAACUACUUCAACGGGACUGAGGUGCACUGCGUGCUCUGCGGGCGCAACCCGGACGAUGGGGCGACCUUGGUGCAGAACAUCGCCAUCGGGACGAUGUUCACGCACCAUCAGAAGUCGGUGGUGGUGGACGCCGCCAUGCCUGGCAGCGGUGACCAGAUGAGGAGGAUCGUGAGCUUCGUGGGCGGGAUCGAUCUCUGCGAUGGGCGUUACGACACGCAGUUUCACCCGCUUUUCCGGACGCUGGCCACCUCCCACCACGACGAUUUCCAUCAGGGGAACAUCGAGGGCGCCACCAUCACGAAAGGCGGGCCGAGGGAGCCGUGGCACGACAUACAUUGCAAGCUGGAAGGCCCCGCCGCGUGGGAUGUCCUGUUUAAUUUCGAGCAGAGGUGGAGGAAACAGGGAGAGAAGGACUUGCUCCUCGAGAUGAAUGAGCUCCGGAGCAUCAUAAUCCCACCGUCUCCGGUGACAUUCCCUGAUGAUCCGGAGACGUGGAACGUGCAGGUCUUCCGUUCCAUUGACGGAGGAGCAGCCUUUGGCUUCCCGGACAAACCCGAGGAGGCGGCCAAGGUCGGCCUCGUGAGCGGGAAAGACAACAUCAUCGACCGGAGCAUACAGGACGCCUACAUCCACGCUAUUCGCAGGGCGAACAGGUUCCUCUACAUCGAGAAUCAGUACUUCCUAGGCAGCUCCUUCGCGUGGAACUCCAAGGACAUAAACGACGCGGAUAUUGAAGCACUGCACGUGAUCCCGAGGGAGAUCUCGCUCAAAAUCGCAUCGAAGAUCGAGAGAGGGGAGCCCUUCCGAGUCUACGUGGUUCUCCCUAUGUGGCCGGAGGGAUUCCCUGAAAGCCAGUCCGUUCAGGCGAUACUCGACUGGCAGAGGAGGACGAUGCAGAUGAUGUACACUGACAUCAUCGAAACCCUCCGGGCCAAAGGAAUCGUGGCCAACCCCAGGGACUACUUGACCUUCUUCUGCCUCGGCAACAGGGAGGUCAAGAAGCCCGGGGAGUACGAGCCUGCUGAAAAACCUGACCCCAACUCAGACUACGGCAGAGCUCAGGCGAACAGGAGGACCAUGAUCUACGUCCACUCCAAGAUGAUGAUCGUGGACGACGAGUACAUCAUCGUUGGAUCGGCCAACAUCAACGAGAGGUCGAUGGCGGGGUCGAGGGACUCGGAGAUCGCGAUGGGGGCGUACCAGCCUUACCAUCUGUCAGGGGAGCAGCCGGCGAGAGGGCAGGUGCAUGGCUUCCGGAUGGCGCUGUGGUACGAGCACAUGGGGAUGCUCGACAACUCGUUUAGCUAUCCGGAGAGUCUCGAGUGUAUUCAGAAAGUGAACGGGAUUGCGAGGCAGAAUUGGGAUGAAUACACGCGGGAGGGGUUGGAGAGGGACCUUCCGGCCCACCUGCUCAACUAUCCGGUCGAGGUGGCGGAGGACGGGACGGUAACGCAGCUGCCGGGGAUGGAGAAUUUUCCCGAUACCAAUGCUCGAGUUCUUGGCACCAAGGCUGCUUAUAUCCCUCCUAUUCUUACUACUUGAUUUAGCUUUAUUUGCGUGUCUUUAAUAAGAAAUCAUCCAUCUAUCUUCAACUAUAAUAAAUCAGUUGCGGUUGAUCUGUUGUAUGAACCUUGAUUGAUUAAUGCCAGUGUUUUGGGUGCA